AUGGAAUUCUUUCAUGGUAUCGAGCUGUGUUGGCUAACGCCUACUUCCCCCUCCCUAGGCACCUCCAGCCACCGUGCUGUCCUAGCACCUUCGGCUGGCUUGCAACCUCACCUGCAGCAGCCCCUCUCCCGGCUGGCGUGCGACCUCACCGCCGCAGCACCUUCGGCUGGCUUGCAACCUCUCGUGCAGCAGCCCCUCUCCCGGCUGGCGUGCGACCUCACCGCCGUAGCACCUUCGGCUGGCUUGCAACAGCAUCCCCUCUCCCGGCUGGCGUGCGACCUCACCGCCGCAGCACCUUCGGCUGGCUUGCAACCUCACCUGCAGCAGCCCCUCUCCCGGCUGGCGUGCGACCUCACCGCCGCAGCACCUUCGGCUGGCUUGCAACCUCUCCUGCAGCAGCCCCUCUCCCGGCUGGCGUGCGACCUCACCGCCGUAGCACCUUCGGCUGGCUUGCAACAGCAUCCCCUCUCCCGGCUGGCGUGCGACCUCACCGCCGCAGCACCUUCGGCUGGCUUGCAACCUCACCUGCAGCAGCCCCUCUCCCGGCUGGCGUGCGACCUCACCGCCGCAGCACCUUCGGCUGGCUUGCAACCUCAUCUGCAGCAGCCCCUCUCCCGGCUGGCGUGCGACCUCACUGCCCCAGCACCGUCGGCUGGCUUGCAACCUCACCUGCAGCAGCCCCUCUCCCGGCUGGCGUGCGACCUCACCGCCCCAGCACCUUCAGCUGGCCUCCAACCUCCCCUUUCGCCCCUUUCUUCGGCUUCUUGGCCUGGCAUCGCCUUCAUCCUUCAAGGGUUGUGCACCAUUAUAAAGUUCUUAUGCUAA